AUGACUCGGGUGACGAGGAGCCUGCCUCGCAGUCAGACAAGAGCGAGCUGCACGGCCCCCUGAAGAGCCUCUCGAGUAAGCUGGAGGACCUGAGCACCUGCAAUGAGCUGAUUGCCAAGCACGGGGCAGCCCUGCAGCGCUCCCUCAGCGAGCUGGAGAGCCUCAAGCUGCCUGCCGAGAGCGGCGAGAAGAUCAAGGCGGUGAACGAGCGAGCGACUCUCUUCCGCAUCACCUCCAAUGCUAUGAUCAACGCCUGCCGAGAUUUCCUGGACUUAGCCGAGAGCCACAGCCGGAAAUGGCAGCGGCUGCUGCAGCAUGAGCGGGAGCAGCGGAUCCGCCUGGAGGAGACCAUCGAGCAGUUAGCCAAGCAGCACAACAGCUUGGAGCGCGCCUGCCGUGGGGCCCCCGGCCUGGCCUCCGCCGCCACCAGCAGCGCCAGCACCACCAAGGGGAGUGUGCAGUCUGCUAAAGGAGAGGCCAGUGAUGAAGAUGAAGAGACGGAGUACUUCGAUGCCAUGGAGGAUGCACCAGCUUUUAUCACUGUAACCGCAGACCCCAAGCACCACAGGCGUUCAGGCAGUAACCUGAGUGGAGCCAGCGAGGGCCACCCCGAGGACUGGAACCUGGAGGACAGUGUCUUUGAGAGCUCCAAUCAAAGCAGCUACAAUGAGUCUACAUGCAAAGAUCUCCUGCCGAAGAAGAGGAGACGAACUCGCAUCCCUGACAAACCCAACUACAGCCUUAACCUCUGGAGCAUCAUGAAGAACUGCAUUGGCAAGGAGCUCUCCAAGAUCCCCAUGCCUGUGAACUUCAAUGAGCCUCUCUCCAUGCUGCAGCGGCUCACGGAGGACCUGGAGUACCACGAGCUGCUGGACAAGGCGGUCAAGUGCGAGAGCUCCACGGAGCAAAUGUGCUUUGUUGCCGCCUUUUCCGUGUCUUCCUACUCCACCACUGUCCAUCGCACAGCAAAGCCAUUCAACCCUCUGCUGGGGGAGACUUACGAGCUGGACCGGCUGGAGGAGUUCGGGUUCCGCUCCCUCUGUGAGCAGGUGAGCCACCACCCCCCAGCAGCCGCACACCACGUGUACUCCCGGCGAGGGUGGACGUUGUGGCAGGAGAUCACCAUCGCCAGCAAGUUCAGGGGCAAAUACCUCUCCAUCAUGCCACUGGGAGCCAUCCACCUCGAGUUCCACUCCAGUGGGAAUCACUAUGUCUGGAGGAAAGUCACCUCCACUGUGCACAACAUCAUUGUGGGCAAGCUCUGGAUCGACCAGUCUGGUGAAAUAGAGAUUGUUAACCAUAAGUCCAAAGAUAAAUGCCAGCUGAAAUUUACCCCCUACAGCUACUUCUCCAGGGAUGUCCCCCGAAAGGUGACAGGGGUGGUGAGUGACGCUGAUGGCAAGGCACACUAUGUCAUGUCUGGGACGUGGGAUGAGAAGAUGGAAUGUUCCAAGAUUGUGCACAGCAGCCAUGGCAGCACCAGCACGGAGGGCAAGCAGAAAACUGUCUACCAGACACUGUCCCCAAAGGUCCUGUGGAGGAAAUACCCUCUCCCGGAGAACGCGGAGAACAUGUACUUCUUCUCUGAGCUGGCGCUGACGCUGAACGAGCCCGAGGAGCGCGUGGCGCCCACGGACAGUCGCCUGCGCCCUGACCAGCGCCUGAUGGAGAGCGGCCGCUGGGACGAGGCCAACGUGGAGAAGCAGAGGCUGGAGGAGAAGCAGCGAGCCGUGCGCCGGCGCCGCGAGGCUGAGGCCGUGGAGGCCCUCGAGGAAGGGAAGGACUACGAGGGGUACAUCCCGCUGUGGUUCGAGCGCAAGGUGGACGCUGUGACGGGGGAGCUGAUCUGUGUCUACAAGGGUGGCUACUGGGAGGCCAAGGACAAGCAGGACUGGAGUGUGUGCCCUGACAUCUUCUGA